AUGUGGCUGCAAUGCCAGGACAAACUUCUAACUGUGGAUAGAUUACUGAGUUGGGGCCUUAAUGUACAAGCUAUGUGUGCACUGUGUCAAUCUCACAAUGAAACAAGAAACUAUUUAUUUGCUGAACGCAGAUAUGCUCAAGCAAUUUGGAACAGAGUCAGCAAGUGGGCACAACAACAACUCUAUGGUGGCAGUAACUGGGAACUACAAUUCCAUGAGAUUAUUAAAAGUAUACAAGGGAAGACAACAAAGGCAAAACUUAUUAAGAUGAUAUAUGCUGAAGUUAUAUAUACCGUAUGGAAGGAGAGAAAUUCAAGAGUUUUUGAAGGGGUGGACAGAGAUUGUGAAGGAGUGGCAAAAGAGAUAGCAUGUGUUUGUAGCUGCAGGGCUACUGGGGCUCUGAAAUAUUUAAUGCAAAAGCUAGUUUUCUAA